AUCCGCUUUCGAUUGUUUGUUAAUGAGGGCCGUGGUUUCGUUAUGUGGGCAAGUCGUGUUUCGCUUCGUCAAAGCAGACAAGUCACUUUCACCGUUGUUUUAAUACUAGUUUAAUAUAGUCAAUAUAAUCUUGCUUGCGCUCAAUAUCUCUACUCAAAGACGACUUCACAGCAACAUUUGACUUGUGAAAAGCACCAGAUAUAGUUUCAAGAGGCCUUCUUAAGUGUAGCGAAACUAAAGUUGAAAAUUACGUGAAUGACAAUCGAUUCAAGUCCAAAACGAUUCAGCCUUCCUACGCAGCUCACAACGAACAGGCCGCUUUUCGUCUAAAUUGGGAGAUAAUCAUCAGAGGAUUUUACAAUGGCUUCAUGCGCAGACUCCUACCAGCAGCACCAAGAAUUAUCACUCCACCCAUACUCUGUCAAUCAAACAGGAAUAUUCCUUGGCAGUUUCCCCGAUGAUACUAAUGAUCUUGACAUGUAUCUCCUGUCAGCYAUACAGGACCAGUGUACAGCAGACACCUUCCUAAGCCACGAGGGAGAUCAGUCAUCAGACGGCACCUCGUCUUGUGGUUCGGACUUUUACGGCACUGGCGACUACUCAAGCGAUMUUGAUAUUGCUUUCAAUGAUAUGGUUAAACUUAAUAGAGGUCCACCUCCUACAUAUUCAGAAUCUGUCAACAAAUAUGGUACAAAGAUUACUCCUGUCACCACAACAACCACAACAAUAAGUAACAACAUAAUUCCAGGAAACUUUACGAAUGGUACCCAGAGUAAAAACAGUGACUCAACUGUCGUCAUGAAAGUCAAGCAUGAAAGCACUUCUUCACAAACCGACAAUAUGGACGAAAAUAGAGGUCGUCCUACUCUUCCUCGCAACUGCAAACCAGAAAAACCGAAUUUUGAUUUCAAGUCAGGAAAGAAAAUCCACAAGCCACGAGUCAAGAAAACCAUCCAUUUAUGGGAAUUUCUAGAAGAAAUAGUUGACAACAAAGAGUACAGUCCAAAGUAUAUCAAAUGGGAAAAUCGAGAGGAUGGUGUUUUCAGAUUGGUCAACUCCAAGGAAGUGGCUAAGCUCUGGGGCAAAAGAAAGAAUCGUCAUGACAUGACAUAUGAAAAAAUGAGUCGUGCKAUAAGAUAUUACUACGAACGUGGAAUCAUCCGCCAUGUUAUGGGACAAAAGCUCAUCUACCAAUUCGGCGAAGAAAUAAACGAAAAACGACGAGGAAAACUUUCAAAAUCUCCAUCAAAUUUUGAAAGCUGUUCAGGGAAGUCGCCUUUGUAAAUUACUCAUAUUAAACUCUUUUGUAUAUAAGUUAGGGUUACUAAUUAAAAUAUAUCAGCCGAAUGAGUUAAAAAGCUAGCUACUCUAAUUAGAGUCAAAAAUCACUUWUAUCUUACUCAGUGUGUUGAUCUUUUGUAUGCGCUAUGAAAAUCUACUUACAUAGCUGCAUUUGGAUCUGUUUUUAUAUGAUAUAUAUUAUAUAUGUUUUUUAGAUGUCCUUUUCUUAGUCGUUAAUUUUUCUGGUAAAAUCAAGUAAAAAUCAAUGAACAGGUUUUAUAUAGAUUGCAAUUGAAAAUGCAGAGUAAUAUAAUUCUUAACCGCGAAACGUUAAAGGCCYGGGUCAAACUCCGAACGUAAUUCGUCAACUGUUCAAAUUUCUUUUCAUGACAUGGCUUUUAAAGGCAUGAUGUUUGCUGUUGAAUAGUAGUUUAUGAUAAAAAUUGUCUGCUUUCACGACGAUUUCACCAGCUAUACGAUUGAAAAGAAUGGGAAAGUUUUCAGAAUUGGAAUUUGUAGCGGCAUUAGAGUCUAUCCUAUGAAAAUGUGAUCAAAACAAUGACUUUYGCACGUUAAAAAACAGAAACUUGAAUUUGUUACGGCAAAAAUUUAGUUCGGCGUUUGAUCCAUGCCUAACUACAGCUAUUUGAAAAAAUUCUGACAGCUAACAUAUACAAAUAUAUCAAAAUACAGGGUAGAUGAUAUCUCAUUUUUCUGUAAAAUAUGUUUGAAUAACUCUAAAGCAAAAGUGUCUGAUUUAUUUGUAAGCUCAUUUUGAGAAAAAAGCAAAAAUCACAUUCUACCCAUUAUGAACACCAUAGCUAGCUAGCGGUCAGAAUAUUCACAAAUAACUGUGAACGUUUGAUUCACAGCAGAAUAUGCCUAUAUAUCACUUCUAUAAUCAUAUUUCUAUUUAUUUUUAUUUUAAAGAAUAUGCCACAAAGACCAUGUUAUUUGGUAAUAGUGAAACUUUAUAAUGUCAAUGGAAUUAUUUUCUGUCGGUUUUUUUUAUAAACUGAUACUCUUUUCUUGCACAGUACUGCUUGUGACUAACUUUUUAUAUUUUUCUUCCUUUUGAGAAGAUUGAUGGGAAAUCAUCAGAAUUUAUUAAUUGUUUCAAUAUAGUUGAUAUGGAUAUCAGACAUCGAGGCAGCUGUGUCAACGCAUGUGUGUAAGCAAAAUGGCUGAAAAUUUUACAAGAAACUUGUUCGAUCUGAAAUUAAAUCCUAUGAGRUUCAACCAAAACUGGGAAAGAAUCCAAUUCUACAAAUUAGCUAMAAAAAGAUAUUGCUGUAGAAAUUAGGCUCUCCCUCUAACUUUAUUGUACGCUGUCUUACUCUAAAUACACCAACGUGUAUUUCUCAUGACGAUACAUGUACUGAUCUGAUAUCCAAUCAAAAUUACUUCAACUGGCAAAUAUUUUGCUACAGAUUGUUUAUUCCACCGUGUUUCUCAAUAAUCCAGCAAAAAACUGUAAAAAGAAAGAUAUGUAGAUUUUUAUGUAGAAUUAAAUCGACCAUAGUUUGAUAAUUAAUAAAAGUCAUAAUUUUUAGUGAUGUACAAAUUUCUAUGAUGCUUUCUAUACUCUGUAAUAAAAGUCAUUUUUCAAUA